AUGGAUUUCAAGUUGUGGAGUGCACGAGGUUUGAACAAAGAACUGAAAGCGGCGAAGAAACAAUUGAUACAACAGAAAUUCAAACAGCAGAUGGGGCUACUUGUGGAUGUGGUCAAGCAAGGGUUUGGAACCACAAACGACGGUAACACGGCUAGAAGAUUUUUUAGAGAGUACGAAAAGUCUGCAGAGAUUACCAAUCUUGACCAAAAUCUAUUGAAGCGACAUCCGGUCCGCAUUCGACACCGCCUGGCCGCCGGGAGUCCCUGCACAGACUCAAGAGAAAAAGGGGUGCCACCAAGCCUGGUCGCUCUCUCGGCAUCGUUCUUCAGGGACCGGCUGGCAGCGGUGACGCUAGCAAACGAGACGGUAGAGAGAGAAGUGCAGAGAGGAUGUCCGCAGGGAAGCUGCUCCGGCCCCGUCCUAUGGAAGGCCAUAUACGACGGCAUCUUCGAGGUACAGCUGCCGGAGGGGAUCACGAUGACCGGAUACGCCGACGACACGAUGCUGGUCGUCAGAUCGCGACAGUACAAGGACCUAAAGCGCAAAGGCAACAACGCGUUGGCGGCGCUGGACGGGUGGGCACGCACCAACAACCUCAAGUUCGCCGCGGAGAAGUCGGACGUCGUCUUUUUUGGAAAAAAACCGCAGCAGAGGGGACCGUCAUUCCGCCUCGGCGGAGGCUGGAUUCGUUGUCGGGACAGCAUAAAAACACAUACAACGCGUCACCUUCAAGACACGAUACGUCACAAACAGGAUCGCCGCAGCCGCAAAAUUAACGUGGGGCAUACGAGCACCGGCGCUCGUAACAAUCCUAGAGGGAGCAAUACAGCCGGCGAUGAUGUACGGAGCCGAGAUCUGGAGCGAAAAAUGCGGAGUCAGGGAAAACCGGAAACUACUCAGCGCACAGAGGACGCUGGUCGUCAAAGCAGCACACGAGCCUAUAGAACGGUGUCUACCGAGGCGGCCCUAGUUUUGGCGAACGUGCUGCCAAUCGACGUGCUGAUCAGGGAAACCGUACGACGAGAAUGGGCAAAAAGAGGCGAGGGGAGACGCGCGGCAAGGACGGGACUGCCGGGGCGCGCCGCAGAGAGAAGAGCCCUUCCUUCCGAAUUGGGACAUCCCGGGAAAGCGGCACGUAAAUGGAGCGUCGUCGAGGGGGAGGAAAGCGCCGCACGCCUGCGAAUAUACACGGACGGGUCGCGUAUUGGCAUUCUUACAGAAUGCCAAUACGCGGACGGGUCGACGCAGGCCGACGGAAAAGCGGGGGUGGCAAUGGUGGCGUACCGCGGGCAACGCGAACUCGCGACCAAGAAGACGAGGCUCGGAGACGGCAGUUCCGCCUUCCAGUGCGAGAUAUUCGGGAUAAAAGAGGCCCUGCAGCACGCGGUCGACAGAGGCGCGCGGGAGACGUCGAUACUGUCGGACUCGAAGUCGGCGCUGACAGCCAUCGCCGGGGCGGCCAGACCCACGGAGCUAGUGCUGGACGCAAGAAGGAAGCUAGGCGAGGCGAGAGACGUCGGAAUAUCCGUAACACUGCACUGGAUCAAAGGACACGCAGGAAACGAGCGAGCAGACGAACUGGCAAAAUCAGCGGCCACCGACGACGAGCUCCCGAUCGCGUACGACAAAAUACCAAUCGCGAGAGUAAAAAACAAACUGCGAGAGAAAAGCCUGCAGCACUGGGAACAACAAUGGGCAACAGCCGAAACCGGAAGGCUCACGUUCAAGUUUGUCCCGACGAUCCAGAUACGACGAGAAAUGGUGCCUCAACCGCUCUCUCCGCAACUUACUCAACUUCUAACCGGUCACGGCAACUUCGGUGUAUACCUAGAAAGUAUAGGAAGAAGAGAGGAUACAGAAUGCGAGUGCGGCGCAGACAGAGAAGAUCCGGCGCACGUCCUCCUAGAGUGCCCAACCGAAGGGGCGCAUCGCGGACUGGCCGACGCCAGACUUACGAGGGCGGGAUUAAGGUGGCCGAGAACCCUGGAGGACGUCACCCUGCUGGCGGGCGAAAAGGAGUGGUGGGCCGAACUCGCCCAGUUUAGCCGGAAGGUAGAGCGACCGAGACCAACGACGAGAGGCGAGGCGAGAUAA